AUGGAGGAAGCGGACGAAACGGAAACCGAAUCGCAGGUUUAUAUGGCUUGUAUUCAGCACGGUCGUCGAGUUGGAGUUUCUUACUACGACUGUAGUGUACGCCAGCUUCAUGUUCUUGAAGUUUGGGAGGAAGAUUGCUCUGAUUUUACUCUGAUCAAUAUGGUCAAGUACCAAGCGAAGCCGUUGGUCAUUUACACAAGCACCAAAAGUGAUGACUCAUUUGUAUCUGCUCUGCAGCAGAGUGAUGGAACUGACGAGGCUACCACGGUGAAGCUGGUAAAGAGCUCAACAUUCAGCUACGAGCAAGCGUGGCACAGGCUGGUAUAUCUUCGAGUAACAGGAAUGGAUGAAGGGUUGAACAUCAAAGAACGGGUUUGUUAUCUAAGUUCGAUGAUGGAUGUAGGCAGUGAAGUCCAAGUUCGUGUUAGUGGAGGUCUUCUUGCUAUACUAGAAAGUGAACGAAUUGUAGAUACUCUGGAACAAAACGAAUCUGGGACUGCAUCAAUUGCAAUUGACUCAGUCAUGGAAGUUCCAUUGAACAAGUUCCUUAAACUUGAUGCAGCUGCUCACGAGGCACUACAGAUAUUUCAAACAGAUAAACACCCAAGCCAUAUGGGAAUUGGCAGGGCAAAAGAAGGGUUUUCGGUGUUUGGGGUGAUGAAUAAGUGUGCCACACCAAUGGGUAGACGUCUUUUAAGAAGCUGGUUUAUGAGGCCAAUUCUAGAUCUUGAAGUGCUAGACCGUCGUCUCAAUGCUAUUUCCUUUUUUAUAUCUUCUGUAGAGCUGAUGACAUCUUUGCGGGAGACACUGAAAUCUGUGAAGGACAUUUCCCAUUUGCUCAAGAAAUUCAACUCCCCGACGUCCCUGUGUACCAAUAAUGAUUGGACAGCUUUUAUGAAGAGUAUAGGUGCGCUCUUGCACGUGAAUAAGAUACUUGAAGUUGGAGUCUCAGAAAGUCUCCGAGAGCAUAUGAGACGCUUCAACUUAGACAUUGUUGAGAAGGCCGGCUUAUGUAUCAGCACAGAGCUUGAUUAUGUAUAUGAACUGGUACUUGGAGUUAUUGAUGUAACUAGAAGCAAAGAGAAGGGUUAUCAAACAUUAGUUAAAGAUGGAUUCUGUGCUGAGGUUAUUAUAGAAAUUGCUUUCGUUCAGGUUGUCAUAUCUCUAAUUUUUUCUGCAAGUAAUUCAUUUCUUGUUUACCAGUUGGAUGAGCUAAGGCAAAUAUACGAGGAGUUGCCGGACUUCCUGCAAGAGGUUUCAUCGAUGGAGUUAGAACAUUUGCCUCAUCUGCAUAAGGAGAAACUCCCUCCUUCUAUCGUCUAUAUUCAACAAAUUGGGUACCUCAUGUGUAUUUUUGGAGAAAAACUUGAUGAAACUGCACUUGAUAGGCUUGCCGAAUUUGAAUUUGCGUUCUCUGAUCUGGAUGGAGAAACUCAGCGAUUCUUUUAUCACACUCCAAAGACAAGAGAGUUAGACAACCUUCUUGGAGAUAUCUACCACAAAAUUUUAGAUAUGGAGAGAGCAAUUGUAAGGGACUUGCUAUCGCACACACUUUUGUUCUCGGCACACCUGUUGAGGGCAGUUAAUUUUGUUGCGGAACUUGAUUGCAUUUUAUCCCUGGCUUGUGUAGCCCAUCAGAAUAACUACGUAAGACCUGUUCUUACAACGGAAUCAUUGCUUGAUAUUCGAAAUGGAAGACAUGUUUUGCAGGAAAUGGCGGUGGAUACAUUUAUCCCGAACGACACUGAAAUCAAUGAUAACGGUCGAAUUCAUAUCAUUACCGGUCCUAAUUACUCAGGAAAGAGCAUAUUUGUGAAGCAGGUGGCUUUAAUUGUUUUCCUAUCACAUAUUGGAAGCUUUGUACCAGCAGAUGCUGCAACUGUUGGUUUAACUGACAGGAUCUUUUGUGCAAUGGGAAGCAAGUUUAUGACCGCAGAGCAAUCUACAUUUAUGAUAGAUCUGCAUCAAGUAGGAAUGAUGCUAAGGCAGGCAACUUCAAGAUCUCUGUGUCUCUUAGACGAGUUUGGUAAAGGCACUCUUACAGAAGAUGGUAUUGGCUUGCUUGGUGGAACAAUUAGUCAUUUUGCUUCGUGUAAUGAGCCACCAAGGGUUCUAGUAUGCACCCACUUGACUGAACUACUUAACGAGAGCUGUUUGCCCGUUUCUGAGAAGAUUAGAUUCUAUACAAUGAGCGUUCUGAGGCCAGACACAGAAUCUGCAAACAUGGAAGAGAUUGUCUUUCUUUAUAGGUAUGAACUCUCGACUAGCAAGCUAAACCGUCUUCAUUAUCAAAACUUCGCUUCACUGUGUGUCCCAGAGGAAGUCGUAAAGAGAGCAUCCAGCGUGUUGGACGCCUUUGAGAGUAACAACAACGUUAAUAAACUUAACCUUGACAACAUAUCGUCUCAAGAUCAAGCAUUCAAGGAUGCUGUUGACAGGUUUAUGGAGUUUGACAUCAGUAAAGGUGAUAUCUGUGCUUUCUUUCAAGACAUGUUCACUUCUUAA